AUGAUGACGAUCGUUAUGGCGGACGGCAUCUACAGCCAGCACGAUCUGCCCUUUGACGCCCUUGGCGACGUGGCGCAGAACGACGGCGCGGCGGGCCACCAGACGCGGCACAAGGAGGACGGCGCCAUCGUCCUGCGCGGCACGUUCGCGCCGUGGGUGGAGGCGAUGCGCGAAGGCGCCGAGGCGAACCUCUCCGACCCAGGCCCGCCGCUCUGUGGCCCGCUCUGCGACGAGCACGCCGCCGCCGCCGGCACCGGAGGACGCUUCCACGACGACCAGUUCCUCUGGCACCGCCACGCCAUCUUUGCAGACUUUGUGCUCCGCGCGGGCGCGGGCGCCAUCGCCGCACGUGCAAUGGGGUCGCGGACGGCGCAGUCAGAAGCUCGGCCAGUCGUUGGCGAGAGGCCGUCUCGUCACGGCUGCUGCAGCCCUGUGGACAGGCAAAAUGCGCUCGAGGCGCACAUCCUCUACGACCAGCUCUUCGUCAAGGAGCCGGGCACCGCGGCGCCGACCCCACGGCACAACGACACGCCCUACCGGCACAAGACCCGUCCUAGACCUGUCUGCUCGGUCUGGCUCGCCCUCGACGAAGUGGACUCGCGCAACGUGUACCACGGCGCAGAAGGCUACCCGCCCGUGCCGGACAUCGACGCGGGCGUCGCCAGCGGCCAGUACGAGCUGCUCGGCUGGGACAUGGCGGGGUUCGAUUGCGGCCUGGCGGCGGGAGAGCACAUCGGCUGCUCGCUGCACCCAGACGUGCUGCACCCCUCGGGCAAUCUCGAGUAA